AUGGUGCCAAACGGUUGCAAAUGCUCCCCUGAGAUGUUUGGUGGUCGAAACAGAAAGCUUUUUAUCACAGAAAUGGAAAUCAGCCCUCGACAACUUAACCGGCAGAAAAAGAUUUUUUUGAAAAAAUACCUAAGCCCGGGUUCGCAAUUUCAUCAGAAAUCUGACUUUCGGCUAUUCAAUCAAAAUGGUGCCAACGGGUUGCAAAUGCUCCCCGGAGAGUUUUGGCGGUCCAAACAGAAGACUUUUAUCACAGGAAAAGAAAUCAGCCCUCGACAACUGAACCGGCAGAAAAGAUUUUUUGAAAAAAUCCCUAAGCCCCGGGUCGCAAUUUCAUCAAAAAUCUGA